AUGUGUGGCAUCCAUGGUGUAGUCUCCACGACUGCUAUACCGGAUAUUUCCCAAGAGUUGAAGAACCUCUUGUCAAAUCGUGGACCCGACCACUUCGGCCAGGUCUCUCGCGAGCUUCCCUUCGAAAAUGGGAAUUCGCUAAUCAAUCUCAAUCUCACCUCUACUGUGCUAGCCUUACGGGGAGACCAUAUUGCAAAACAGCCGUUGGAAUCGCCUGCAACUGGGUCUGUCCUGUGCUGGAAUGGAGAGGCUUGGAGGAUUGAAGGCCAGCCUAUCAGUAGUAAAAAUGAUGGCGAACUUAUUUUAGCCAAGCUUGAUGUCGCCGAUGCACCUUCGGCUGAGACCCGAGAGUCACAUAUUCUAAGCGUUUUGCGCAGCAUUGAUGGUCCGUUUGCCUUUCUGUUUUAUGAUACUCAGGAUAAGCGCCUUUACUUUGGUCGAGAUCGUCUUGGCCGACGAUCGCUCCUAUUUAACCAAGCCGAGGAUGGUGACUCGAUUUCUUUCUCGAGUAUCGCGGAUGUGCCUACUACUGGUUGGAAAGAGGUUAAUGCAGAUGGGAUAUAUUCUUUGAACCUCGCUACACGUCUUGCGACGCCUAGUGGAAUGAAGCUUGAUACUCAUCUCACUAGGUACGACUGGGUGACAUUAGGAGGGGAUAACAUGGUUUCAAGUAUUGGAAAUUUCAACAUGACGCUACCGCCACCUGAUCACAAGCUGGACUUUAAUUCCUUCUCAGUUGAUCUUCUUAGACACUGGCUGUGCGAAUCUCUCAAGCUGCGGGUCUUAGAAAUUCCAGAGCCACCGAACUCGUUAUCUGACACCGACGUUCGCGUCGCGGUUCUUUUCUCCGGUGGUCUCGAUAGUACCACCCUUGCGAGGAUUGCUCACGACUUAGUCCCUCCUGAUCAGGGAAUAGAUCUCAUUAACGUUGCCUUCGAAAACCCGCGCCAAGUCUCUGUAGAUAAGACACUGCCUCAUCAAGAUGUAAGGGACAUAUAUGAGGCAUGUCCGGACAGGAAGACUGGCCGCAAAGCAUUUUCCGAACUGAAAACCACCUGCCCUACACGCUACUGGCGCUUCAUUGCGGUGAAUGUUUCAUUUGAGGAAGCAAUGAGUCAUAAGGCAAGAGUCGUUUCUCUCAUGUAUCCGCAUAGCACCGAGAUGGACCUAUCCAUUGCUCUCGCACUUUAUUUUUCUGCACGAGGUAUAGGUUACGCCUACACAGACAAGUGCGAAUGGCAGCCAGAUCCGCCAAGCGUAACCUCGCCUGCUAGAGUCUUGCUGUCUGGUCUUGGCGCAGAUGAACUCUUCGGUGGUUAUUCACGGCAUGAGAUAGCGUUCAAGACUGGUGGAUACUCCCGCCUCCUUGACGAACUAAAGCUAGACAUAGGUCGUAUCGGACAGAGAAAUCUAGGUCGUGACGAUAGAGCCAUGUCUCACUGGGGUAAGGAGAUUCGCCAUCCUUUCUUGGAUGAGGAACUUGUCAGGUUUGCUAUCAGCACCCCAGUUUGGGAGAAAUGUGACUUUCAGAACCAGUUUCAUCCAGCCGUUAUCGACCCUGCCAAACGAGUAUUGAGGCUCAUGGCCGAUAAGCUCGGCCUAUCCGUAAUCGCCAGGGAGAAGAAAAGAGCGAUUCAAUUCGGCUCAAGAACAGCAAAUAUCGAAAGCCGUACCGGCAAGCGCCGGGGCACUGCAGCGAUUACUGAACUUGUAUAG